AUGGAACCGUCCCGCAGCAACAGCGGCUACUGGUCCGCUGACACCUGGGAUCCAGACCUGCGCGUUUAUACAGGGGCCGACAUCUUCCACACACACCAGUUUGCGGUCGAGCCAGAUCAGCGGAAGGCUGUUCAAAACGAGCCAGCUCAACCACGUCUCAGGGAACGCCAAGAUUCAGCUGGGUACUGGGGCGCGUUGGAGAGUGAUGCGAGCAGAGAGGUGCACAUUGGCAGCCUGCAUGCAGAGAAAGAGACAGCUCGCCGAGCUGUGAGGGUCUCCUUUGACGAGGGUGCCGCGGAGAGCGUCCCUGGCAAGCCGGAGGGGUCUGACCAGAACGGCUUGGUAAGGAAGAGCAGCGAUUACUGGAACUCGUCCAACUGGGACUUUGAUCGCAACGUCCCGUUAAGGGCCCAGGAAAUCACAACUCCCACCACCGAAGCUUCCAGCACCCUUUCUAGGAAAGGAAGCAAUGCUUACUGGGAUGCAGACCAGUGGGAUCCGGAUCAACGGGUAUAUGUGGGAGCCGAAGCAGGCCAGACCAUGCACCGCACGGCCGUCAUUGACGACCAUGAGGACAAGCUGCUUCGUGCAUGGGCUGGAGGCCUGACUUGUGAGGACUAUGGGGGAAGCACGGCACCAACCCUUGACUUAGCCACUGGCACAGAGCCCCCAGCACUCAAAGACUUGUACGAUGUCACGGCAGAUUCGGUGGGAUCUGGAAGUUUUGGAGUUGUUUUCCUUGCUCGGCAUUGCAAGUCGGACAAGCCCUGCGUAGUCAAAAGCACGAAGAAGGCCCAGUGCGGCUCCUCCUUCAAAUCACAGGUGGAAGGUGGACUUUACGAGUCUCUUCUGGAUAUGUCAAGAAGAGCCCCGCACGAGAACAUCGUCCAGUACCUCGAUGCCCUAGAAAGCAGUGACCAUUACUACGUUAUCAUGGAGAACCUUCGGGGUCCAGAGCUUUUGGAGAAAAUGGAGCGCGAGUUCCCCAUCACCGAAAGACACUGUCAGGAGGUCAUGAAGGAGGUAUUGUCAGCGCUGGCGCACAUCCACGACGUGGUAAAGAUCUGUCAUCGGGACAUCAAGCUUGACAACUUCCGAUACCGAAGUCCUGAACCCGGUGCGCCAUUGGUGCUGCUAGACUUUGGCUUCCUUGCUCGCUUGGAUCAGCCCUGGGACGGCAAGAAAUGCGGAACACGCAUGUUCAUGGCUCCGGAGAUAUUCCAAGAAAGCGUCCAACAGUCGCAGAUGCCGGCGAUGGACAUGUGGGCAGCAGGAGUGCUGCUGUACCUCCUCUUCACUGGCGACUGCCCCGUCCAGCAGGAGGACAUGCCAAAGCUGCAACGAAAUGACCCAGAGAGCCAAGACAUCGUGCUCAAGGCCCUGCAAGCUGACUUGUUGAAGUCGGUCUCUGCGGAGGCGAGACAACUUCUGGAGAAGCUGCUGGAUUUGGAGGCAUCGGAGCGCCUGCGUUCGGCCGACGCAUUGAAGCACCAAUGGCUGUGUGUGGAUCUGGAUGCUGGAGCUCGAGCUGUGCCAGCUCACAGGGAAGCUUACAGGCGCAUGGCCAGCAAGAGCAUGAAAGAGGCGGACAUCGAUUCUUGA